AUGCCAAAUUCAUGGCGGAUUUUGAUGUCUCUCGAAGUCCUUUGUGAAAGGCAGAAGAUAACACUUGGGGUGGCUGACUUGUUGAGAGCUUACUACUUGAAGGCACACCUUAAUGACAAAGGUAGGUACCAGUUAACAACUAGGGGGAAGGACCCUCCUUUAAUUAUUAGUUUGAAGAGUGGAGAUAAGAGGUGGAAGGACCGUUACUUCUUCGUCCCUUUCGUCUCGUUGGGGUUACCUGCUGAUAGUAGGAUACCUUGUUCAUGGUCUCCUGCAUGUAGGCUUCGAGUUGAGUACCUUUGGGAUUCGAGGGAGUCUUCUGGUCGACUUAAGAGUAUUCUUGCUAUUCCUGAGGCGGAGCGUGAGUGGAGUGAUUUGCUGUCUGAAUCGAGUCUUCGUCAGAGUUCUUUGUGGCGCUCUGUUGAAAAACUCCCUGAAGACGUAGCUAUGUCCCGACCCUUUACACUUCCUCUAACCGGUUCCAAUGCCUUGGAACGUUUGCGUCAAGCAAAGAAAUCGUCCGUUGGGAGCUCAGAAGCUGAUAGAGAGGUUGUUGUGCCUCCGGCUGAUCCCCCUGUUUUGACGCGGAGUCAGACGAAAAAAAAGAAGAAGGUUGUGCGGGAUGAUUCUUCCGACCCAUUUAGCGACACCGUUGCCCUUUCGUUCCCUUCCAAUGCUGCGGCCUAUAGUGAGAUUGGGCCUCACUUAGGAGAGAUUGAUAAGUUGUUGUGGCCCGAAGAUGAUCACAGAAUGGAGCAGGUUGGUACGGAUGGGUCAAUUGAUACCACUGUUUCUCAUUUGUUCCAGGGUUUGCAAGGGGUCAUUUGGCUGAAGAAGAAAAUCAAGUCCUUAAUGGCAACUCUAAAGGAAGUAAGGAGUCAGAGAAAUGAUCUUCGGGGUGAAGUUAGUCGGCUGAAAGAUUCCAAGAAGGAGUCUGAUCAACUCAUAGCUGAUUUGAAGGCUCAACUAGAAUCCAAGGAAGCUGAUGUCGAGAAGCUGAGAGUGACUCUUGGUCAAGUUGAUGAUUUGAAAGCCGAGGUUGCUUCGUUGGAGAAUCGGAUGUUGGUCAUUGGGCUGGAGGCUGAGAUCCAAUGCCGUGGCGUAAUGGCUAGUGAGUUUCGGGAUGGUAAGGCUGAUAGCUGGGAUGUUCCCAAAUACAUUGCUGAUCUUGAGGAAUUGGAGAAGAUGAGGGCUGAAGAGAUAACCCGGGCCGAAGAGUUAGCCACUUCUUUUGGCAUCAUGACUACUAAUGAUCUGGUUGUGGAUGACUGAUUCCUCUUCUACUCGUGUUCAUUGUCGUGGGAUAACAGAGUUUGUCGGGCCUUUUCUAGUUGUAGUAUGAACUUUUUCUUAUGUAGUAUUGUAUCCUGAUCUAACUGACCUAGUUUUGUUGUAUUAUGGCUUGUUGUAGCUUUUGUUAGUGUUGUUUAAGUUAUUGUUCUGGUAGCUUUUGUAGUCCUUGUAUCGGAUGCUGAUUGGCUGAAUGACUUAUGGAGUAUUAGUGUCUUAUUCCCCCAAUCUAAGUAUAAAGUGACUUAGUCAAUUUAUAUUUAGAUUUGUUA